AUGUCAUUGUUUUCCAGAGAGACUGUUUUUGAACGCAGUAAAUGCAUUGGUCCUUUGCCAAUGUGCCAAGGCAUGCAAGGAGUUGAAGAUCCAGUAGGUCAAGCACAGCUUGCUGGACAAUUCACUUGGUCUUUGCUGCAACAGCCACACGCUCGGAUGAAGCAUGCAGAUGUUCGCCGCCAUCCCCUGCUAGCACCAUUGAAGUUGCCAAGUUACGAAGAUGGGCCUGAGCAGGUGGAACUCUGGCUGCAGCACCGUGAUGCUCGACGUGUGGAACUGCAGACCGAUGGAAAAGCACGGUCAGCCAGCGGCUUGAGCGACGCGGUCUCCAGUACAACGAGCGAGAUGGCCGUUGCAGCUGCGACUGCAACGCGGCUACCCAUUGCUUCCAGAUAUCGUGAAGAGGACUGGGAGGCAGAUCUUUUGGCAUGGAAGAAGCUGUACGGGUGUCCUGAUGUCGGAGAGUCUUCUCCAUCUUCUCCUCCAGCUCGGACUAUCAGCUCGGAACCUCCCAGGCAAGCAAAGGCUGCCUCACCACGUGUUGAAGUUCCAACACAGAGGUCGGAGGCCGGCGUGGACGUGCCGAAGGCGCCGCCAAUUGAGCCAGCCCCAGCUGAGCCGGGGCCAGAGCCUGCGGCAGCUCAGCCCGUUGAGGCACAAAAGGAGUCCCCACCAGAGGGGAAUGCUCGCAGGACGGAAAUGACAGAAAGCCCAGAGAUGAACGUCCCCAAGGAGGCCACCAGUGUCACACCUUACGUUCCACCUGGUCGUCCAGAGAGGCCUCCAAGUCGAAGAGAUCGCGCGCAAGCAGCGCUGGUAGUGGCCGAAGCGCCAGCGCAGGCGCCGCCUGACUCCGGCCACAAAGCGAAUUACACCAAACAGGACCUUGAAAUCGCCACUCAGAGCGCCCGCAGCAAAGCUGCUGGCGAGAACGGAUGGAGAAGCAGCUUUCAAGAGGCAGCCUUGAACCUUCGAGAUUUCUUCCAAGAUUUGAGGAAGAGCAGACAUCGAGAAAAGGGUCGACAAGCCACAGGGCCUUUGUGGCUGCAUUUAGCUGCCCAGGCUAAAAACCUGGCCGAUCAGUUCGACUUGAACCAGUUGCUUGAGGUCCUGAAGCUCUUUUGCUCAGUGCGUUAUGAGGACUAUGAACUCUACAUGCGGCUGCUUGGCGAGGUGCCACACUAUGUGAAGCAGGCCAGUACAGAGCAACUCUGCCAAUUGGCACGGCUCCUGGCGCGGAGGCGCUUGAGGGAGCGGAACUACGUCGACAUGGUGGUCGCUCAUUUGCUCCACAAGAUUCGUGUCUCUGAAGAUAACCUCACAAUGAGGCUUCUGGUGAAGACGGCGAAUGCUUUGGCGGCUUUAGAGUGUCGAUCUCAACCGAAGUUCGUGGAGCAUUUCAACCGGCACUUCGAGCACCGCAUUGAGGAAUUGGAUGACGAGAUGUGCUGCAUGGUGUCUCCUGUUUUUCUGGUGAACUACAUGAGCGAUGCCCUCCGCCGUUCUUUCCUGAAGCGAUGCGCCGAGAUUCAGGCCGGUUUCUCGGGGAACCCCAUCCGGAACUUGGCCUGCAUGGAGUUGGCCUUGCGCAAGGAGCAGCACUCAUUGGUCGCAUCUUUGCCUCAGUUCGUUGUCCGCUACUUGCAAAAGGUUCGCACACAGUCGGAGUUCGACAAAUGGGGUUCCGUAGUGGUACCAACCACCGUGGCGCCUGAUGGUCCUCGAGGCGAUGACCGCCACGAGCUGGAAGUUUCGCUCCUCCGCAAGGCUGCCGCAAGCAAAACGAAUAACACAAGCGAUGUGUUCAGUUCCGACAUGCAUCGGGACGUAAGUGCGUGUCUUACGCACUUGGGCAUUGAGCAUGAGAAUGGUGUGGUCACAGGUCCCUACUUGUUGGAUGUUGUCGCCAAAGAUAUGGUGAACCCCUCGCGUCGCAUCAUUUACGAGGUGAACUCCCCGCAUCAUUUCUAUGAGGGCACCAAGGCUUUGGUGGCGGAGAAGCGACUGAGACAUCGCUUGCUUGGUCGACUUGGUCAUCAUUUGCAUAUGGUCAACGCUGCCGACUGGAGGCCAUUGUCUGCGGCUGCCAAGAUGACCUUCUUGCUAAAGAUUCAACAAGAGCAGCAGGACAAGCACAGUGAUGAGUACAAGCAGCAGGUGGUCUUCAACACAGGGAUGGUGGCAUACCCAGAAUCUAUCACUGAUCCAUCCUAUGCAGGGCAAAUCUUGGUGUUUACCUAUCCGCUCCUUGGAAACUACGGCAUUCCAUCCGAUGAAAAGGAUGAGCUUGGCUUGCCUCGGUGGUUCGAGAGCCACAAGAUUCAUUUGAAGGGCGUGGUGAUCACGGACUACUCCUACGAGCCCUCGCACUACAGCUGUAUUCGCAGCCUGGGGGAGUGGUUAGCCUCGCAGGGUAUUCCAGGAAGCACUCCAUCAGCUUCUUUGGCCUUGGAUGACCCGAACAAGCGGAAUCUCGUGGCCGAAGUGUCAAGGACGCAAAAAGACGUCUAUACACCUGUGAAGGUCAACGAACGUUUGAAGAGACAGGUGCAUAUCUUGGCUGUAGAUUGCGGCGUGAAGAACAACAUCAUCAGGUGUUUGGUGAACUUGGGACUGCGCGUGACGGUGGUGCCUUGGGACUAUGACUUCACCCAAGAUGACUUCGAUGGGCUCUUCUUGAGCAACGGCCCAGGAGACCCGACCAUGUGUCAGGCCACGGUGGAGCACGUCCGAUACGUCAUGAAGCACCGACCCGAGACGCCGAUCUUUGGCAUUUGCUUGGGCAAUCAGAUCUUGGCUUUGGCAGCAGGUGCGUCGACUUACAAGAUGAAGUUCGGGAACCGAGGGAUGAACCAGCCAGUGGUGGACCUGCGAACCCAACGGUGCUAUAUCACUGCUCAAAACCAUGGCUUCGCAGUGGAUCAGAGCUCCUUGCCUUCGAAUUGGGUGCCUUUGAUGGUGAAUGCCAACGAUGGCGCCAACGAAGGCAUCAUUCACUCGUCCAGGCCGCUUUGGAAAAGAUUGUGCUUUUUGCCAGCUAUGGAGCUUCCACCCGAUGAUUGUGGACCACAGAUCUUUAGCAACCUUGACCUGGUUUCCUUGACUCACAAAGCUGUCCCUGAUUUGAAGACACCAACCCGGAAGCGAAUGGAAUCUGUCAGUGAGGGGCUUUCUGCAGAGAAAGCACUGAAGUGCUGUGCAAAGAUGUGUGUCCACCAUUUCCGGGCAAGCUCACAGAGAGUCAAAAGCAUGGAGGAGAUCCGCUCCAAGAUGGCUGACCUGAACCAGGAAGAGACCAAUGCAUUUAUCUUGGGUAUUCUUGGCAAGCUAUCUAAAAAGGAGAACGUGGGAGACUCACUGUCGUUGGAGUGGGCGCUGUGUGGAGCCACUCUAUGCCGCAAUGGUUUCUGCAUUUUGCUUGGCAUCAAUGAGAAAAGGGUGAUGCGGCUUCUUGAUGGUCUUGCUUUGAACCUGGUUCCACCAGACAAGAGGAAGCACAAUGGCCGCGCCCCUUCCAAGGGCAACAAUGUGGAUUCUUUCUUCACAUACUACUACUGGAACUUUGCUGAGACAUUGGCAGAGGCACCGCCGGAGGAAGAACUGCAAGGUGCUGCUAUGUGCACCUCUGGCCUCUUUCUGCCUAGUGAGGCUUCAUCAGAGCUGCCAGCAUCUUUCAUGGAGGGCUCAGCUCACUACUCAGAAGCUGCUUUGGCAGAGGUGAAUGCUCCAGCAAAAAUGGUGAGACUCACACCAUCGGAUGGAUCUACAAGCUUGGCACCGCGGUACAUCAACCACAUGACCAUGGAAGCAUUCUACCAGAUCUACUUGAUGUGGGCCGAUGGGGCAGCCCUUGAUGAGUCUGAGAUUGCUGGAUGUUGGUGCUUCCGCAAGACCUAUGACACUCAAUGGAAGUCCACUUUGCGGAUGCGAACUGUAUCACAGCAUGCCAGGUGCAGUACUUGUGCAGAGUUCAGCGCCAGGUGCAACAAAGCAGCCUGUGAGUCUGACCGCUUGAAGUUGGAGGCUGUGCAGAAGGGCCACCUUCUCAACGUGCACCAGUACCGCCUCAUUCAGGGGCGGUUGAACACCCUCAGCGAGACAGAGGGCUCCAACAUUUUGAAGAUUGACCUGGAUGGCCUUGACCAGAAUAAAACAAAGUUUCCCAGGAAUCUAGCAAGCUCCAAGACUCUAUCUAGCUGCUGGCGUCCUCAGUUACACCUGGUAGGUGUUAUCGUGUGGGGUGUUGUUGAGGGAUAUGUCAUUUUGCCACCGGAUGUGGCAAAGGACUCCAGUUGCGAGGCCACGUUGGUGAUGAAGGCUGUGGACUGGGCCCAUGAAGAGCUAUCUCGCCAUGGCCGUUCAGGUCAGUCACGCACAUCUUUGGCCAAGUGGGGCACACACACGGCCCCAUUGACCAGCGGUUGGGCCAAGCAGCUGCCACAUUCAGCAAGCAAGCUUGCAUUGAAUCACCUGAGGAUUUUGUGGAUCUGCUCAAGAACCAGUUCUCACCAAUCCGGAACAGAACUCUCAAGGUAG